UAACAAUCAACCUUGGCCAUUUCUUCAUCUUGCAAAAUAUAGAGGUAGCAAGAAUUUAGACUAGUACACACAAAGGGAAAGGACCUGACGAAAACUGAUUACUAAUCAUCAUACUCAUAGGAAGCCGAACUAUUAACCAUAAUGACUGACAGACUUUGCUUUUUUCUGAUCAUGUAAUCUGAUAACUAAGACUAACCUACUUGCAGGGGCCUCGUCUACAUUUUUUCCAGUAAGUAAUAAUCAUGAUAAUAAUAGUUUGUUUUUCUUGAUGUCCCCAGGAUCUAUUGUUUGUUGACUUUCGUGUCUACACACCAGCGCUCUUGUAAUCCAGAAGCUGUGAGAAUUUUCGUCCAAAAAAGAAUGAUGAAGGCGCCUCUUGUUGUGCGAGGUGGAGUUACUAGUAUUCCUGUCCUCUGGGGUUGGCCUUGGCCUUGGAGGCAGAUUCUUCUCUCUAUCGCAGCAACUGCAGCAGCAAGUAGCUCAUCGCGGGAGUGGCCAAGCAGCAGAGAUUUUCUUGGUUUUCGUCAGGAGGAACCUGGUACACGCGCCGCGUCGCCCGCGCCACGUGGUCUUGCGGAUGGCAGCGGCGGGACCCUUCAGCGAAUUGGUGAGCCUAUCAACGUGAGCAGCCGACUUCAACAGGGUCAGACUCAGAGCAACUCAGGUCCAUCUGGUGGACGUUGGCUGCCUGAAGCUGCGGACUUUCCUUUUCCGAAAAAGUGGUGGUCUCCGACGAGUAAACCGGAGGAAGCUGCAGGAGAAAGGAGCGCGUUCUCGUCUAGUGGUCUUCCCAGUUCUUCGUCGGUCGUCGUGGAGCCUUUUUCAUCGGAAGAACACGAGGAGGAGGACCUUCCGUC